UGAAGAAUAUAUAUCUAUAAAAAAGUAUGAUACAACAGACUAUGUGAAUACAAAUGUGCACAGAUAAACAAUAAUUGUUUCUUUGGUGUUUGUCUACUUUAAGGGUUAAAUGUAUGGGCAUUAUUGAGCAAACAAUGAUCAUUGCCAUCAGUGUUUUGAAUGGAACAUAUUUUGGAUAUUUAAGACCCCAGAAUAUUAGAAAAGGCUGUCCAACUAGAGGAAAAUAGACUUCUCCAUAUGAAAUGGAAAUCUUGAUCUGCAUAACUAAUGAAAACCAGGUGCUCUGGAAAACAUAUGAAGCCAGAGAUAUAUUCUAUUCAGCAGUAAUAAAUUGUGUGUAAAUUGCCUUUCAUGCUCUAUUCAUUUUGGCUGCUCUGCAGGUGUUAGGAGACAACACAGCCUGUCUCUGCAAGUUAAGAGAAAGGAGAAUCACAUUUUCCUCUGACACCCAGACUAAUAAACCACCAUUACAUAAAUAUAUGGUCCGACAACCAAGAUGAGCACUCCAUUUGGACAGGUAAACAGGAAAAUGAUGCUGCCCUGGUUGUUGGUAUUUUGGCUCCUUCAUUUGUCUCCUGCCUUUUCCGCAAGAAACCUUUCUUUGAGAUGCCUUCAAGACACUGAUGAGUUCCUUUCUGAUCUGAAUUCAGUGGUUCCUAAGACCUAUGCAAUAAGAAUGUAUGAUGCCACUGGGAAGCUGGGCAGCAACAUUCUGAAUGGGAAUGUGGACAGAUUGGGAUCUUACAGCGAAUGCCUCUCUACCAGAACUCCCAGGGAGCAUUUCCAAGGGCGCUAUUGCAAGCUUCAGAUACAGCAGGAUGGAAUUAGCUACAGUAUUGGUUUGUGUGUUCCUGAUUCUUGCACUGAAGAUGAUGUAACUCUGAUGACACGAGUAGAUCUUUUAAAAUUCAGGAAUAUCUCAUUUAUAGCUCCUCCGCUAGACUUCUUUUUAAAUUCAACCUCCUCAGCUAGGCGUACUGCCAGAUGUGCACCCAGACUUCCCCCAUUUGAUGCAUUUACUGGUCUGUGUCUGUGCGUUAGCUUGCUGUUUGUUGCCUUGCCAGUGGCUGGUACUCUCUAUGUGGCAGCCGUGGGCUGGGAAGGAAAUCGUGGUGAACAGCCAUCUGCCGACUUACCUCUGGCCUCUUAUGGGAGUCUGUCUUUGGGUGAGAGAGAGGGAGACGAGUCAAGAAGUAUUGGAUGGAUGGAUUCUCAGAGCAGCUCAUCGCUCUCCAGAACUGGUGAUAAAGUCUGCCGCAGGAGAAAAAUGUUCUUAGGAAUCUUGGACGGAACUCUGAAAUGUUUUUCCUGGCAGAAGAAUAUGCGUGCUGUGUGGACCCGGAAGCUCCCCGAAGGGCCCCGCUCCACAUUAAAUGGCAUCCGAGUCUUGAGUCUCUUAUGGGUCAUUUGUGGCCACACCAGUCAGAUGACCUCCUGGCAGACUCUGGAUAAUGUACUUGAAUGGAAAACCAGAGUGCUUAAAAAUCCCCUCUACCUUUUUUCUUUAAGUGGUCCAUUCUACCUUGGAGUUGACACAUUUUUCUUGAUCAGUGGUUGCUUGAGUACAAGGUCAUUUUUAAAGCUGUAUUGGAAUUCUGAAAAAGGAAUAACCCCCAAAGUCAUCCUGAGAUACCUUCUCAAUCGACUUGUAAGGCUGCAGCCUCUCCACUUGUAUUCCAUAUGCUUGUUAGCUGGGUUGUAUUCCCUGGUUCCUUGGGGAUCUGUUUGGGAGGUUCCCAUGUAUCAUCUGGAUAACUGCAGGAGGACAUGGUGGACGAAUCUGCUCCUUCUGAACAACUUUAUCUUCGUACAGAAUCCUUGCAAUGGCUGGACAUGGUAUCUUGCUGAUGAUUUCCAGUUCCAUCUUACAACACCUCUUGUAAUCUUCAUCCAUGGAAAAGGUAAGUAUGCCCUGAUGUUCCUGGGAGCCAUACUCUUCCUGACAUCCUUCACCAUCACUGCUCAGCUUUCACUGGCUUUGAAGCUUCCUGUGGCAUCCCCAUCCGAAACAAGAGAACAUGACGCCGCCUUGUAUUUCCUGGAGUACUACACCAAGCCCUACUGCCGAUAUGGACCUUUCCUCGUGGGCAUGUUACUUGGAAUCUUCAUGCACUACAACAACCAGCCUAACAUUCUCAAGAGCAAGGCACAGGCUCUUGCUGGGUGGCUUUGCUGCUUAUUCACCCUCUUAGCAGUAGUCUCUUUGGCAUAUGUGGUAGAUGACUCCUUUGACACUUAUUCAGUGGCAGCUGCUGUUUAUCAGGCACUUCACCGAACUCUGUGGGCUGUUGCUGUGGGCUGGAUCAUUUUUGCAUGUCAAGAAGGCUAUGGAGGUCUGGUGAAUCAAGUGCUUUCUUGUGACAUUUGGAAUUUACUUGCCAACAUUAGUUACGCCUGCUACUUGGUACAUCCGAUGCUGAUCAUACUCUACAAUGGCCUUCAGGAAACUCUUAUUCACUACACUGACACCAACAUGUUCUACCUUUUCUCUGGACACUGCUUCUUGACAUUUGCCACUGCAAUGGCCUUGACUGCAUUCAUUGAGAAACCUUUUCAAGAAAUGAAGCAAUAUCUUCUUGGGGGAGGAUCCACUGGUCAUCAGAAUAGAUAAUCUUCACACUGUGAGGAUGGGAUGGACCAAUACAUGUAUAUCUUGUCUUUUAGGGUAGUUGUAUUCCUGCAAACCUGUGUGUGAAUCAUUUGUUAUAAAAGAGGGAUCCCUUAUUUAAAACAGGAAUUCUUAAUCUGGAGUCCAUUAAUAUUUUUAGAAAUGACAACUAUUUCAAUAUAAUUAGUUUUCAUUGUAAUCUACAUAUAUUUAUCUUAUGCAUAUAUAGUAAAGAUCAUCCCAAACUGUCAAAAUGGGGUGAAUUUAAUGUUUUGCACAAUGGAAUGCCAUCAUCUGUUAUUUUGCCUUCUACUAAGGAAAUCAUGACAUAUAUUAUAUUUCCUUAUGAAUACAUUCCUAAGCCCAAAGGACCUCCAGUGGAGUUUGUGGUUCAGUCUCACUGGGUCUGACUCCAGAGUGGCCCUGGAUUAAAUAAAACUUCAGAGAAAACUCUAAAACAAAGUGUCAACCUUGGAAAACACAGAGAUACCAAAGUAGUUAGAAAGAACAAGUUUUUGAUCAGGUUGAGGGAGACAGCGUUCUAUUGGCCACCACACAGAGACAAGCUCUGGGACUCUGGGAACACUGAACUGAAGAACUUGGGGUCCUGUAUACACUCUGGGAAAUUAAGGAAAGGAAACACACACCUUUUGGUUACAUGGAGGUCUGAGAAAGAGGUUGUAGCCAAGGCUGCAAUAAAUUUGGGGGUUCCAUAGAACAGGGCCAUCAAAAGCUUAAGUAUGGAUCAUAAUUAGGGUUUCCCCAGAUAUGGAUGAAGGAUACCCUCCCAAAAAGAUAUUCUGUACGACAUGGGUAUCAUGGAUAGGAUAGAUGUCUAUUUCCUUUACAACAGAAUUUCUAUAGGACACAAAAGACUCAAUGGCAUACAAAUAUUGUUGUUGUUGUUCAUUAUUUUUCAGUUGGGUCCAAUUCUUUGUGUGUUCUCUUUGCAAAGAUGUUAGAAUGGUUGACCAUUUCCUUCUCCAGUUCAUUUUAUAGAUGAGGAACCUGAGGCAAACAGGGUUAAGUGACUGCUCAGGGUCACACAGCUACUAAAUACUUGUUUGAAUCCAGAGUUGAACUCAGGUAGAUGAGUUUUCUUAACUCUAGGCCUGGUGCUCUAUUAUCUGUGUCUCUUAGUUGCUCCUUGAAUUAAUAUAGAAAAAGUCAAAUACUCUAAUGGUCCAUUUAAUUCAGUAUAGUUCCCUCAAAGGUAAAGACCUUUUGCAUUAUUGAAGAACAGAUAUUUUGCAUUUAUCUCAGGCCUACACUGCCCAAAGAAUUCAAAGUAACUAUCACAGAGGACCAGCAAGGUUCAAAUCCCUUGCAUAGCCAAGAUUUUAGUUCUUUAGAUAUAAGAAAGUUCUAGCAGUGAUAUUCUUCUCUUCUGUGAAGCACUCUUAAGGAAGUUUUUUCCUGGGUGCCAAAUUCUACAACCAGAACUCUCAAACUCAGCAUUACCAUGAAAAUAUAAACACCACAAUUGUAAUUGUAUAUUUCUCUGACUUUCUUGCCACUGAUCUCUAUAAGGAAGAAAGAAAGAAAGAAAGAAAGAAAGAAAGAAAGAAAGAAAGAAAGAAAGAAAGAAAGAAAGAAAGAAAGAAAGAAAGAAAGAAAGAAAGAAAGAAAGAAAGAGAAAAAGAAAGAAAGAAAGAGAAAAAGAAAGAAAGAAAGAAAGAAAGAAAGAAGGAAAGAGAAAAAGAAAGGAAAGAAAGAAAGAAAGAAAGAAAGAAAGAAAGAAAGAAAGAAAGAAAGAAAGAAAGAAAGAAAGAAAGAAAGAAAGAAAGAAAGAAAGAAAGAAAGAAAGAAAGAAAGAAAGAAAGAAAGAAAGAAAGAAAGAAAAGAUAAAAAGAAGGAGAUGGCAACCAGGGCCUAAAGACCAGUUCCAUACUCACCUAGAUAAGCACAUGUUUCAAGUUGCCAUGUACAACUAUUUUCAGCUAACAGUGUUGCUAAAGGGAGAAGGAAGAGAAAUCUCCUCUGUUCCCCCUUCCUUUAAGGCCAAGAGAGAGAAAAUAGGAAAAAAGAAUACCAAGCCUGAAGGAUCCAAUAAAGAAAAAAAGUAGAAUUAUUUCCAUAUCCCUUGUAAAUCAAGGAAAGAAAAUGGCGGAAGGAGGUGGAAAGUUUUUAAGAAGACUGGAAAGGUAGGAGGUGACUGGGCUGUGAAGGGCUUUGAAUGCCAAACAGAGGAUCUUAUAUUUGAUCCUGGAGGCAAUAGGGAGCCACUAUUGUUUAUUGAGUAGAGGUGUGAUGUGAAUAGACUCUUUGGGAAGACCACUUUAGCUACUGAAAGAAUGAUGAACUAGAAAAGGGAGACACUUGAGACAGAUAGACCCACCAGCAGACUAUUGCAGUAGUCCAGGCAUGAGGUGACCAGGGCUUGCACGGGAGGGGAGGCAGUGUCAGGGGAGAGGAGGGGCAUAGGGAAGAAAUGUUAAGGGGGUAAAAUUGACAGGCCUUGGCAGCAGAUUGGAUGUGUGUGGGGCAAGAGAGAGUGAGGUCUUGUUCUUCAUCUGCAAAAUGAAGGGGUUGGGCUAGGUGAUCAUUAGCGUGUCUUCAGCCACAUUUUAAAAAGCCAAAUGAAAACAAAAUAAGCUAUACCAUGACAUGUCAAUUAGCUGAAACUGGCUUCUGCAAUACAAAUACCAGCCAAGCUGGGCAAAGACCCAGGGAGUUGG